UUAAGUACAUUUGUGUGCGUGUGUGUGCGAGAGGCGAGCUGCACACGGUAACAACACCACCACCUCCACCCCUAAUCCAUCUUCUCGUCUUACUGAAACCUGUACUGCAGCUUCUCUCCAGCUUUUUUUUCCUUCUUUCCCCCGUCGGUUCUGUGCCAUGGAUGGAGCAAAAAAGACUACAACCUUCGAGCUCAAGUGGUCGGCAGACCUGCGCGGAUCUGACGAGCUUCUUUCUUCUGGAUUUGCUAACGGUCCUUCUACCAUGAACAGUUCUACUCCUUCUGCAGCUAAUGGCAAUGACAGCAAGAAAUUUAAAGGAGACCGAUCUCCCUGCAUUCCCUCUCGCGUUCUUCACAUCCGCAAGAUUCCUAUUGAAGUCUCAGAAGCAGAAGUCAUUUCACUAGGCCUCCCUUUUGGAAAAGUCACCAACCUCUUGAUGCUAAAAGGGAAAAAUCAAGCUUUUAUUGAAAUGGCAUCCGAAGAAGCUGCAAUUACCAUGGUAAAUUACUACACCACUGCAGCUCCUCACCUUCGUAAUCAGCCUGUCUUCAUCCAGUACUCAAACCAUAGAGAGCUCAAGACGGACAACCUUCCUAAUCAGGCUCGAGCCCAAGCUGCCCUUCAUGCAGUGAAUGCUAUGCAUUCAGGAAACAUGAGCUUAACUGGGUCUGCCUCUGGCAGCGAAUCCUCCUUGUUACAAGGGCAGAGCCCUGUCUUGCGGAUCAUUGUGGAGAACCUUUUCUAUCCUGUCUCUCUUGAAGUUCUUCAUCAGAUCUUCUCUAAGUUUGGCACCGUGCUGAAAAUCAUUACAUUCACAAAGAAUAACCAGUUUCAGGCUCUCCUGCAAUAUGCUGAUCCUGUGAAUGCACAUCAUGCCAAGAUGACACUGGAUGGGCAGAACAUUUAUAAUGCCUGCUGUACUCUACGUGUGGAAUUCUCAAAACUUACCAGCCUUAAUGUAAAAUAUAACAAUGAUAAAAGCAGAGAUUUCACUCGACUAGAUCUUCCAUCUGGUGAUGGCCAGCCCAGCCUCGACCCUUCGAUGGCUGCUGCUUUUGGUGCUCCAGGAAUUAUAUCUUCACCCUUUGCAGGGGCAGCUGGGUUUGCUCCAACUAUCAGCUUUCCACAAGCAGGUCUUUCAAUGCCGACUGUUCCUGGACACUUAAGCCAUUUGGCUAUUCCAACCUCUGCAGUUGCUGGGCGUGUAGCAAUUCAUGGCAUUGCCCCUUCUGCAGUGCAUUCAGUGCUGCUAGUCUCCAACCUCAAUCCAGAUAGUAUAUCACCUCAUGGACUAUUCAUCUUAUUUGGUGUUUAUGGCGAUGUGCACAGAGUGAAAAUCCUUUUUAAUAAAAAGGAAAAUGCCUUAAUACAAAUGGCCGAUGCAACUCAAGCUCAGCUGGCAAUGAGCCAUCUAAAUGGGCAGCGUCUACAUGGCAAAGUAAUUCGUGUGACUCUUUCCAAACACCAGACUGUUCAGCUUCCACGUGAAGGACAGGAGGACCAAGGGCUAACUAAGGAUUUCAGCAACAGCCCUCUGCAUCGCUUCAAGAAGCCAGGCUCAAAGAACUUCCAGAACAUUUUUCCUCCUUCGGCAACUCUGCAUCUCUCCAACAUUCCACCCUCUAUAACCGAUGAUGACCUCAAAAACCUCUUUGCAAGGACUGGAUGUACAGUGAAAGCCUUUAAAUUUUUCCAGAAAGAUCGGAAGAUGGCUUUAAUCCAGCUGGGUUCAGUUGAAGAAGCCAUCCAGGCCUUAAUUGACCUUCACAAUCAUGACCUUGGAGAGAACCAUCACCUAAGAGUCUCUUUUUCAAAAUCUACCAUCUGAUCAUUUUUGUGUCUUUCACAUCAAGACUUGACUCUUUUCUGAUAAGAAUGUAAAAAAGUUUUACAGGCCUUCAAACUCCCCUGAAGCAUUGAUUAAGCGGCUCUGCCUCUUCAGUGACAUUUGGACAUGUGAUUUUUAUCAAGGUGGCCAGAGUGCAGGCCCUUGGGAUGUUUUUUUGCCAGUAUGCAGUCAAAGAAAUUGUAACCCAGUUUGUCCUUACCAUCUACCACCUUGAUACUGUUCAGGGUAUGGGUCAGCCCUUAUAGCCCAUACAUCUUUGUACUGUGUAGAGAGACAGCAUCCUUUUUGAAUCUUGAAUCUUGUCAGUUACUUUACUUAAAUAAUGGGGAUGAUUUGGGUCUACAUGGCAGUUAGCAGAUACAAGUUUAAUGAAUCAAAUCUGCACAGCAUGCAUUACAACAUUUAAUGAUUCUUUUUUAAUAUUUAGUUACCCAUUAAUGGCAAGAAUUUAGAAAUGACAUAGCUUUUAUUAUUAUUAAUAUUGAAUACUAGAAGAUAAAACACUAGUGAUCUGAGUGUGACCACCACAAGAAGUCUACACAAAAUUGGUCUGUUUAAUGUAGGCAUUAUUUUUACUGGAAUAUGCAGAAAGAUUGCUUGGAGUUUAUAAUCAUUUGCUGUGAUAUUUUAAAAUGACAGAUCUUACUAGGAAGAUAAAAACAAGUGGUAUUGUGGUAUUUUUGGAGUUGCCGUAACAUUACAGUUUGUGUCAUUCACUUAUAGUUUUGAAACAAAUGUCCAUUAUAAAUUAGUUAAGGAAUUGGUAAGUACAAGAUUGUUGUGUGAUCACUUGUCCUAGAUAAAGACGCAUAAUUAUUCUGAUUAUUAAAAUUACCAAAGAUGUGUCGGCCCCUUCAGUUACCCCAGCUUGAGGCUUAACGUUUUAAGUUUGUCACCCUUUUACUCUUUUGUUCAUAGUUUGAUUUUUGUAGCACAUUCUAUGCAGUGCUGUGCUGAUUUGGUUUCAUAAACAAAGCUUAAACCCAUGAAAGUGACCAGCAGGCAAUGGACGCUGUCUCGUAACAAAUGAAAUAUUUCUCAAGCAGAAAAACAUUUAUUUAAAAGAAAGUUAAAAUGAAAGAAGCGCAAAUAAACCAAGUUUACAGUUUUAAGUCAAAAAGUCUAUUCAGGUCUAUAUAUCUUACAGAUUAUCAGAUUUUUAAGAAAAGUUACUUAUUUUUGGUAAUUUUGUUUCUUAUUUUUAAAAAAAAAAAGUAAAAAAAUAACAAACCUGAAACCUGAAGGGUUUUUUUUACCACUAUAAUCACUUAAGAAACCAUAAACUUCAUUUACUGUGUAUUUAGCUUAUUUCUUAUUAUGUGCCUUAUAAUGUGCUUAUAAUCAAACGUUAGGUUUAGAAAUUUUACCUAAGAUAUUUUAAGUACUAUAUUGUGGGUUUGGUGAGAGGUUUGUCAUACUUUACCUCUGUUUGUCUUUUAGAUUCUUUUAGAGGUGUUUCUAGGGGGGGAGUUGAAAUUAAUUGUCUUAAGUAAAAAUGUAUUUCUUAUUAUUUUUGGUGCUUCAAGUGCACAGAUAAGAAAGCUACGGAUGUAAAAAUGUAUCGUGUAUGCUACAAGCUUCAUCUAAAAAUACUCUUAAGCAGAACAAAAUGCAGCUCUCUUUAUUUUAAAGUCAUAAAACAAUUGCAAAUCAAAGAAAAAUCAAAAUGUAGCAUUUAAUCUACUGUUUGUCUUCACAUCUUGACAGUCUUCAUUUGUGUUAUUAGUUAUAUUGAACAGCCUAUGUGGCAUACAAUCGAUUUGCAAAGAAGGGCAAGUGAAUAUAAAAACAUUGAAUACACGUGUUCUUUGUUAAAAUGUUCAGGUAUUACUGUAAUACUUAUUGUAAUAUAACAUGGAUCUUAAUCAGUAGUGAUCUCAUUGGAAGUUGUAAUAUUUUAUUUUAGGUGUCAAUCAAUAAUAUCACUGAAUGACUGAGAAUAAAAUCAAUUAUGAGCACUUCAUAGGAUAGUCGAGCCUGAAAUGCGCUAUUUGAGAUCGUCAAAAGCUGAGCAGGUCAUGUGGUGUUCUCAGAAGUAAGAAACCUCAUGGCGCUUUGCUGUGGGCUUAGAUAGAAAAAGUCUGGUUUGUGUUUCUGUUACCUUCCAAAUCCAGCCUUUAGCUCACCCAUUAAUUUAUGAUGGAGCAUCUUAAUCAAGUGUCUUCAUAGACUUCACCUGAGAUGCCCUGUUUUCAGUACAGUCAUGGCUACCGGCAGUUACGUUACAGCCGCAUUGACAUGUAUACUGUGUAUACCCACUUGCCAUUGCAAGUAUGACCAACAAAAGAAAUUAUAAUCAUUUUAACUACUGACAAGUCACACCAGUCUUAUAUGUAGAAAGAACCUGUAGUGCUUUUGAGGUCAAAUUACUCUGAUAAAAUAAAAGUGUGAAGGUUGGACUUUUUUGUUAUUUAUUAACAGAAACAUAAUUUUACAUUCCCUGUCAAAGAUUUGUUGAACUGCAUAAGAAAAGCUACAAAAAUGUCUUGGAGUAGAAUUGAGACUGGCAAUGCUAUUUGCUACAUGACACAGUCUGCAUUUCACUUGUCAAGCCUUUUACGAUGCUCUGACACAGAACACUUCGAGCACAUUUUUGAGUGUGUACUUGUGGAAUUUAUACAGGGAAGCCGUGCUGUGAAUCUCUUUGUUUUCUUAUUGGCUGUUAUUUAUUGUGCCCUUCCAUUUACAGGUAGUCUUAGAGUUUUGCAAAUCUUUCUGACUUUGUAACUUCUAACCUAUAAUGAGGAGUUUUUGCUCUAAAACUGUUGUUCGUCAAACAGCUGAUGCAAUUUUCUUUUUAACAAUUUCAAGCACUGUUCUGCUUUAUACUGUUUGAAGAAGCUUAAGAUGUAUACACUUUUCAGAAGCCAUGUCACGUGGUCUUAUGAUUGACUUUUGUUGGCUGCAGUUUCCCAUCUGUGUGCUUUGAGUUUGUAAUGUCAUUUACUGUAUUUUGUAUGUUAAUUCCUUAAGGGUUUUGCCUGUUUGUAGUGUGAAGAAUUUCCUAUGUUAUUAUUUUGAAGGGGUUGUGUUAUUUGUUUUAGCAUUGCUGAUUUAAUUGUUAAAGUGCAGGUUUUUAAUACACAUUUGCCUUCAAGGUUAUCUAACAUCAGAUUCCUUAGUUUUAUCACAGCUGUUACUUAUACUGUAU